GAGAGUUUGGAGUGAAACUGGGAUUGAUCCCUGGGAUUGGGGGAAGAGGGAGCUCUCUGGAGGUGAAAGGGUGAUAGGGAAACCCUCCCCCCCAGAAGGAUGUGACCCUCCUGGGAGAGAGAUUUUGCUGGUAGCCGGACGGUGAAAGUUGGCUGGCUCGGGUUUGUUCCGCCCGCCUGGAGAUUUUGUUCCUAUUCUCUGUCUCUGUCUGUGGAUAUGUGGCUGUGAACCCGGGCUCCGGAUCCCACCGCUGCCGGCUCUCGGGUCUAAGAGGGACAAGGAGUUUUGUCCUCAGCCCACCAGCCUGGUUCUCAACUUCCCGGUGUCUUGAUUCCCCAGAUGGUGCUGUGGCCUGAGGUCUGCUAGACCAGGAGAGGAUGGGUUAAACACUUGCUCGGGAAGCGAACUCCGAGAGAGGAGCAGCGAGUCAGACACUGGCACAGGGAGCAAUAUUUGAUCAACACAGAGCCAGCGUUCAAACAUCUGCGAUUGACCUGGGACUGACCGGGAAGCGGGGAAACUGACUGGAAAUAAAAUUAAUCCGUUUCACUUUGAAGGAACUUUGCGAAUGUACCCAGUUGCCUGGGAAUCUCUUAUCCUCCCAGCUCCCUGCCCAGGAAAAGACAGUACUGAUACUGUAAUAAUUCUGGCUGGGUGAAACAAUAUAACGAGAAUGAAGGAGUGAUACAGGUCCUGAGCGGUUUCCCAUGGCUGAAUUGUAACAUCGACGUAGGAUUUAAAUAUGGGCAGAGAACAGGAGCUGGUCCAAGCUGUAAAAAACGGCGAUGUGUCCUCGACACAGAAGUUACUGGCCAAGAUCAAGGCUACAAAAAGCAAGCUGCUGGGCUCCACAAAGCGGUUGAACGUUAAUUACCAGGAUUCCGAUGGAUUCUCAGCUUUGCACCAUGCUGCCCUCAGCGGGAGCACUGAGCUCAUUUCAUUGCUGCUCGAAGCCCAGGCCAUGGUGGAUAUCAAGGACAGCAAUGGGAUGAGGCCGUUACACUAUGCAGCGUGGCAGGGAAAGCUGGAACCCGUGCGAUUGCUCCUCCGAGCUGGAGCAGUGGUAAACGUUGCCUCGCAGGAUGGUCAGAUCCCAUUGCACCUUGCAGCACAGUAUGGACACUAUGACGUGUCCGAGAUGCUCCUACAGCACCAGUCCAACCCAUGCAUUGUAAAUAAGGCCAAGAAGACACCGUUGGAUCUCGCGUGUGAGUUUGGCAGACUGAAGGUUGCACAGCUUCUGUUGAACAGUAACAUGUGUGUCGCCUUACUGGAGGGUCAAUCCAAAGACAGCGCUGAUGCCAACUUCACCACCCCACUGCAUCUGGCCGCCAAGAAUGGGCACAAAGACAUUAUCAGGUUAUUAAUCAAGGCCGGUAUUGAUGCAAACAAAGUGGCUAAAACAGGGACAGCUCUACACGAGGCAGCGCUGUGUGGCAAGACGGAGGUGGUCCGCUUGCUCCUUGACGCUGGCAUUGACGUCAACAUCAGGAACACUUACAACCAAACAGCCUUGGACAUCGUCAGUCAGUUCACCACCUCUCAAGCCAGCAAAGAAAUCAAGCAGCUACUACGAGAGGCCUCUGGAAUCCUGCAAGUCCGAGCCCUGAAGGAUUACUGGAAUGUUCACGACCCCACUUCACUCAAUAUUCGGGCUGGCGAUGUUAUUAUGGUCCUGGAACAACACGCUGAUGGCCGCUGGAAGGGACACAUUCAUGACAGCCAGAAGGGCACGGACCGUGUUGGCUACUUCCCCCCAUCCAUUGUUGAGGUGAUCAGCAGGAGAUCAGGCACCCUCACUCGCCAUGCCUCAGUGCCUCCCCAUCAACGCCAGGGCUUCUCCAAGAGCCAGCAGAGUUCCUUGACCACAUCACAAACAGACGAUGCUUACCAGCUCUACCAACAGAUGUACUCGCAGACACUGCCUGCCCAUCGCACCUUCAACCAUCCUGGUUACAGCCGCAACAAUCACAACACAGAGAAUCACGAGAUGUGUGCAGGCGACAGGAACAGCGUGGGCAGUACAGGCAGUGUGGGCAGCAUUCGGAGUGCUGGUAGUGGGCAAAGUACAGAGAGUGGUAAUGGACACACCGCUACCACAGGCUUGGAGAAUGGCAAGGCUGUGCCCCCUGGUGGGGAUCAGGCACAUCAGCAGGUCUGCAGGGGCACAGAGAACAGUGGCAAACAACUUGACCAGCCUGCAGGAGUGCCAAGACAUCAAAACGUCUCGAGCUAUAAGUCUGGUGAGCAAGGUUACUCACAGCAGUUUAUUCACCCUGAUCAAUUCCUGCAAGGCAAGGAUGCUGAAGCUAUCUUUAACUGGCUGAGUGAAUUCCAGCUUCAGCAUUACACGGCCAACUUCAUCAACGCUGGCUAUGAUGUGCCAACCAUCAGCCGCAUGACCCCUGAGGACCUGACAGCAAUCGGUGUGACUAAACCUGGACACAGGAAGAAGAUUUCCACAGAGAUUGGCAAACUGAGCAUUCCUGAAUGGCUUCCUGAUUACAGACCGGCAGACCUGUUUGAGUGGCUCAGUGCUAUCGGCUUGCCCCAGUACCACAAGAAGCUCGUCGAUAACGGCUACGACAGCAUCAACUUCAUCAGUGAGAUCACCUGGGAGGAUCUGCAAGAAAUCGGCAUCACACAGUUGGGACAUCAGAAGAAGAUGAUGAUUGCCGUGAAGAAACUUGUGGAUGUGCAGAAGGCGUUAAACCAGGCGGAAGUGGAGGCCAAAACUGCUACGCUGAGGCGCAAGGCUCCAGCGGCAUUGGAGAUUGUUACCAUUGAGGCGUUACAAGGGGAGAAUGGAGAAUGUCAGUCUCCUCACACGCCAAAGAUGCUCACCUUCCAGGACAGCGAGUUGAGCCAUGAGCUGCAGUCGGCCAUGUCCAACCCUUGCUACAACUGCCAGGACGGCCUGGCAAUGAAGCAGGCGGGAGCCAUCUCCCGGAGUCAGGAGAGCAUCGGGAUUCGCUCCCGAGGGUCUGGUCACUCCCAGGACAAUGUGCUGGGCAAGACAAAGACUGACAGCAAGUCACAGGAAAGCCUGGGCAGUGGGGAUGGCAGCAGCAGCAGUGGCAGCAGUGGGAAGACCACCUCGUUACCCGGCCCUCGGGACGGGGUACCCGCUCACGUUCUGGUGCCGCACCAGGAGGUUGCCAAUGGUUUGGGCCCUGCCCAGGGAGGCAGUCCCAGUAAGGAGAGGAAUGUCCCAGAUGGACGCGACCAUUACCAGAGACCCGUGGCACAGAAAGCUGCUCCGGUAGCAAACCCAGUGAAGAUGUUGCCUUCCCAGUACCCACUCCAUCCGCCCCCAAACCUCAUCCCUCCUCACACACCAAGCAAGGGCAAGACAGUGCCAGCCUUAAUGUACCCACAGCUACCUGUUAAAAAACCGUUCUCCUCAGCGAUAGAGCCCACCAAACAACAACACUCGAAGCCCACCUCCCAAGUGCCAGGGAACCAGGGCUUUGCCUAUCUGCACCCACAUUGUGGGCUCACCAAUGGAGUUAGUCCAGAGAAUGAGCCUCGCCUGAACCCUGUGGCACUGCCGGGCGCUGUUCCAAUUAUCCGCUGCCCGGUGCCAGGCCAAGAGCCAAACAGCGAUGCGUUCAAACCGAAGAAACGUUCCCAGAGCCUGAACCGUUACGCCUUGUCGGAUGGGGAGACGGAGGAGGACGAUGUGGGCACAGGGGCUGUCAGUACGUACGCCACCCUCACGAGGCGCCCGGGCCGCAACCAGUGGCCAAGAGUGGCAGAUAAGAACGUCAACCGCAGCCAGUCGUUUGCCCUCCGUGGGAAGAAGAAAGGGCCUCCCCCUGCUCCACCCAAACGCCUGAGCUCUGUAUCCAGCUGCCAGGGUCAGGAAGCUGAGCGGGAGCACCCCCCUGACUCUGCCACCCUCACCCAGAACACCCCUGACCUGGUCGAUGGGCUCCCGGUCAAACAGGAAGCUGGUGAAGAGCUGGCAAACGGCAGUGUCCGGAGUCUCGCUGCCAAAUUGGAGAUGAACAGCUCCCCUGGUGGUCAACCCAAAGCCAUGGCCUUGCUGAAGCUGUCCAGACUGGAGAAGUGGGAGAACCUGGACAGCAUUCCCAAGACCCCUGACCAUUGCGGAGGCAGCUCCGUGCUGAGUAAGGAGGUGACGAGGUCCCAUGAGAAAGCGAGGGACUCCACUAACAGGCGACGUACAGUCAGUGAGCCUGGAGUCAGCCUUGAAUCGGCUGUGAUCACCCAAACCUCCCAACCUGACCGGGAGGAGCCAAAGUCGGACGCUGAGGAUGAGACCAAAAUGAUGAGAGGAGAUCUCGAGACCUCAUCAUCCUCUCAAAACAGCUCUAGCGAGUGCAUUCCUUUCGCAGAGGAGGGCAUUUUGACCAUCAAGCAAAGGCCAAAGGUCAACAGUGGGGCCAAAGAGGAGGGAAAUGGGGCCUCUGCUGGCCCUACUGAUGCUGUAACUGUGAUGGCCGGAGUCACCGGGGAGGGGAGUCAGGCUCCUGAGGGCAAUGGGACAGCCCCGAUAACGGGCCCAGCCGCCAAGCAGCCAGAGCUUCCUGAAUUCAACCUGACCGAGUCCGACACGGUCAAACGGCGGCACAAGCCCAAAGAGAAGGAGCUGAUGCAAGCUCCCGUCGCUGUCCCACAGCCCCACGUGCUGAUGCAGGGACCGCGGUAUGCAGACGCCCAGGCUGUAAACAUUGUAGACUGUAGGCCCCAGGCCAAGCCCCACAGCAAAUCUGACUUGGAUGACGAUGCCUGCGUGGAGUUCAGAAUCGCGGAGAUCGAGCGGAGUCUGCAGUCUUUAGAGAAAGGGACCAAGAAGACGCUGAAGCCUCCGCUCUCCCCUAAACCAGCCCUCUCCUAUCUCCAACAGACUCCCAAACAGACAGGACCAACCCCUGUUCCUACUAGGCCUUCUCUUCCCAAGGGACCAACAAAAGAGUUCAACCCAAAUCCGUCGCUGUUAUCCUCGUCACCAGUCUCCCCAAAGUCCACAACAGCCCGAGGGCUGCCGUUCAGCAGCCCCCCAGGAAGCCGGCUUCCCCAGGCUGGGGGGAACCAUGUCACUGCCACAACUCCCAUACAGCAACUGGGGCCUGCACGGACCACGAAUCCAGCGACCGGGAAGGCAGCAUUGACGGCAGGAGUCCUUACAAAACCCACAGCAGAAGCUCCAUUAGCUUCCCUGGUUCAUCAACGACUAGAACAGACAAGCAGUUCACUGGAGGCAGCCCUCCAUGCAGUGGAGCAGAAACUGACUCACAAAGACAGUGGCAAUGACGUCUCGGUUUCGGUGAAGUCCGCUGGUAAUAUCUUGGACGACAUUGGGAGCAUGUUCGACGACCUGGCCGACCAGUUGGACGCCAUGUUGGACUGAUCCUACGUUCCUCGAUGUCGUCCCGUUGGCCGCCGGCGGGACAGGCCCCUCCCCCACCCACCCACCCCAGGCCGCGGGGUAACCAUGGUGACUGCCGGAAGCGGUCUGUCCAGGCAGGAGCCUCAUGCCCCUAUGAGGCUGUUCCGGUGACGGAGCAGGGAUGGCGAAGAUCUUUGCUGCCACCAUGUUGUCCACAGGCCUCGGGAGGGCUUUCAAAGCUGCACUCGGUGUAUGGAUCCCGGAUCAGUCCGUGAGAGAGAGAGACCGGAAUUCUAUUGCUGUUUUUUUUUUAUUCAUACUUUGUGUGUAUAUAUAUCCGCCCCCUGUCAAGUUCCUGCUGCGAUAAGCACUUAAAAUGAAUUGAAAGCACAAGGUGUCGACCUGGGAACACCCUCCCCCACACAAAAAAAGCAAAGUGAGGAUUCGAUCUUCAUCAGACCGGCCAAUGACCCCGAAGUCACUGUCGGUGAGGAGCCGCCAUUGCUCUUGUGUGUCACAGCCGUUUAGCCUGUUCAUGGUGAAUGACAGCAGAUAAAAUCCAAACCCAGCACUUACACCUUCAUCCCAGUAGCUGGAGUUACCAGCCCUGCAUUACUUACCGUUGUCUCACAAAGCUACGAAAGCGCCCCUUCACUUCAGCCUAACGCUAAACUGGUUAAAAGCCCCUGGCAGCCAGGGAAUGAUACCUGACCUGCUGCGACUUCCAGCAUUUUUUGUUUUUGUUUUGUUUCCAGGACAGAUUCUCCAGUGACUUGUUCCUGACUUCAGUGCUUUGGGCAGCUCAGGGGUUUGCUUUGUGUCCGUCAGCCAAAGUUGUCCCAAACCUCCCCUGGCUUGUGGCCCCCGGUCACUGACUGUAUGUGGCCAGUGUCCCACCUCUGAGGGAGGCGCCCUGAAUUGAUGUGGUGACUGGAUCAGCCCUGACCAGGCUUCAGACGCACCGUGUUAAUCUGGAAUGGAGGGGACGAGUCCCUGACAAGGGGACAGCCUGGUGGAGAACACUGUAUUCCGGGUCUGAGACACGGAAUGAUUCCCAUUCCCAAUCGAGACCACCACUGUCAGCUGCUGCCAUUCCAAGGAAGGAGAGCUGCAUCUCUGUGUGAAUAUCUAAUCCGCCGCUCAGUAUCUCGACAGCGAUUUACAUCAGGACAAUCUGGGAACGUACAGAGAGAAGAAUAUUUUUGUGCACAAACUGUGCUGAGGUGGAAAAGCAGCUUAAGUUAAUGACACCUGUAGCUCACUGCUGUAUUGGCCUUUUCUGGACUCUGUAAGGUGUGAACAUGUGUUUGUGUAGAGGGCAUGGCUGUAUGUGAGCACGUGUAGCACAUGUGCAUAUGUAGCAUAUGUCUGUGUUUAUAGCACAUAUGUGCUACAUGUUUAUGCACGUGUCUCAUGUCUGAGAGUAUGUGGAGCAUGUAUGUUUGUGUAUAGUGCAUUCUGUGUGUACACGUAGCAUGUAUGAGUAGCACAUGUAUGCAUGUGAGCACAUGGAGCAUGUUUGUGUAAGAGUAGCAUAUACCAGUGUACACAUGUGGCAUGUAUGUAUGUAUUCGCACACGCUGAUCACAGGCUAAUGUGGCAAAGUCAAUGUGUGGACCAUAUUGGGUCAGACUUGGUUAGAACAGUUCCUGAGAAACCACCCUUGUCUCUAAUGGUAAAAAGUUCCAAUUCCUGCGCUGUUUUGGAACAAAAGUCAGGGGUAUCAAUCAUCAAGCUACCUUCUUUCAGUUAUCUAAUUGUCAGCUCCUCUCCUGAUAGAUCCACUGCGUCACAUCCCCAGCCGAUUGGUGUAAAAACUCAUCUGGUCCAUUCCUAUCCUUUCGGGAAGGAGAGCUGUCAUCCUAAGCCAGUCUCCCCUGCAGCAAUAUUAUUGAGCUUUAAUCAUUAGGAAAUAGCAAUAAACUUCAAAGAGGGCUCUCCCAUCAGAGCGGGGCUUUGAGGUAUCCGAAUUGGUGUGAGACAGUUUCUAUACGUGUUUUCUGGUGUAGCAUUGCCACUGACUGUGGCCUGACCCGUCCAACCCAGCUCCCAGCUUCUCCAUACCCACUGCAUCGGGCUUUGUUUGUUUUAUUGUGUUGUAUUGUUUGUGCUUCACUUGAACUAUAGGUAAAAUGUGGGAUAGGAGACAGGUGUUUCAGCUACAGUGAGGUCACCCCCUCCCCAAACUCUUGUCCUGUUUUGGCUUCUACAACAAAGUGGGUCUAACUAGGGUGAAACAACAGUGUAACACAUUAAUGGGGCAUUAUCAGCACAUUGGUCCCCUGCCUGACUCCCCUCUGCUGUCUUUUGUCAGACUCCCAUUUGUAUACCUCAGCCUCUGAAGGCCACAGCAGUGCAAUGCUUUGCAGAGUGAUAGUGACUUUCUGGGUGAUCUUUUGAAAAGGGAUUACUGUCAUUCUGCAAUGUGUAACUUCUACACGUACUUCAGAAAUUAUCCCUGAUGGAUUAUGGCCAUGCACCAACACACAUAAUAUUUAAGAUAACUGAGCUGUCAAUGUCUGGGCAUAAAUGUCCAGCCAAGAGGACAGAGCUCCUGAACAGAGCAGGCAUUUCUGCAUCAGUGAGUUCUCCUCCGUUAACAUCUCCCUCUGUACUUAGUGCAUUGCUGUGUCCACUGGCCUAAUCACAACAAGCAGUUGAGACACUUGAGGGAUCUUGCAGCACAUUGGUAGUGUCCCUGACUCUGAGCCAGGAGUCCCAGAGGUGUGUUGUAACAUCCCUGAAAAAGAUCUCCAUUUAAUACAGGGAGCUGACAGGAUGUCACUGUUGAGUGAUUCCUUCUGCAGUGCUCACAUUGCUGUCUUGGAGGUUAAUGCAAAGGCCAACUCUGCAUGGACCUAGCUCCACAACACAACAGUGAAGUAGAUGAUCAAUCUCCUGGUCUUUCGAUUCAUUUGCCCAAUCUGUCCUCAUACCGAGAGCCGGGUAACAUUUUCCCAACGUGCCCAUAACUGUGUCAAAACCACAAAACUGUUUUGUGGUUCCCAGUCAGAUAUCCAUCGUAGAGGUCACGGGAUGUUUCUGCAGCACGUGUGUAUGGUGUAGUCUCAGUUCCCUUUGAUGGAGCAAUCAUUGAAUUAAAGCACUAACUGUCUUCAUUUGUCCCUUCUGGCCACACCCCAUUGUUCCAUAAAUCCAUACAUAGGUUUAUCACACUGAAUUCAGUCUAAAUCAAAUUAAUAACUUUAAAACAGCCUUAACUAAACUACGUCAAACCAGUAGUUACUAAUUCUUCGAAAAUGCCUUAUACAGGAUGUCUCAAAGUGCUCAACAGUGUAAUUGUUUGUUUAAGUUUAGUCACUGUUAUCGGGAAACAUGGCAGCUAGUUUACACACAGCAAACUCCCACCAACCGCAUCGAGAUAUUGACCAGAUAUGCAAACCGUUGCAGUUUUUACAUUCCUUCGCUCAGAAAGCGCACUGUUUGCACCCAGAAACCGGUCUGUGUACGGAAUCGCGCACAACACCAGAAUGCAGUCACCAACCAUCGCUGUGCCAUAUGCAAACUGGGACUUUCUGUCCCACUUGUAAACAAGCAACAGCCUCAGUCAUUGGGCAGUUUGAAACCUUAGUAUUAUCGACUGAAGCUUGCACUCAUCAGGACAUUUUGCAAGAAUACCAGUAAUGGGGAAAAUUGAUAUUUAUGUUGGAUGAGAGGACUGGUUGGCAUGUAGAUGCCGAUUGGUAGCAAGGUUGCUGUGGAUAAUGGACCCACUAAUUACCUGUCUUUGUUCAGAUUUUCAUCUAGGCAGGGUGAUUCUUAUUGGUCAGAGUAUUGUCCUGGAAAAGGAAUUAGUGACUGGCUGUCAUCUUUUUUGUGGAGAUGUAACAGAUACAGUGUGUGGACAUUUUUUUUCUCUGUCUGUAAUGAACAAGGCUCCAUGUAUUAAUAGAUGGAGCUUCCAGUGGCAACAUCUCUACCAACCAAGAGACCCACUUCACAACCAAGCAGCACUGUCCUCUCAUGGACUGUAAAUCUUAGUUUUGCCCUUGAAUUGGUAUUCUUGAGAAUUGUCCUGAGUACAAGAUGAGAAGCCUCACCAAAGGAUAUAUUGUUUCAGCAAUAAGCAAUAUUCUAUAUAUUUUCAUGGUGAGAAACUGCAAGUUCCAUGCUAAGUAUUAUGUCACCAUGGUGACGAUAGGAUCUACAAAGCAUGAACUGCAGAUUUCAUGAUGUAAAUACCUACUUGCUCCCAGCUUUGAGAAUAUAUAUAAAUAUAUAUAUUUUGAAACAUUUUCUUUCUUAUCUUUACAUAUGCACCAAGUAUUCCCAUCAGAGAAUUAAUAGCAUUAGAGAGUGAAGUGAUGAGGGGCUACACUGGAUUUAGGAGCAGAUGCAUUUCUUAUCUGCUGUGAGAGGAAUUCGAGAUGGUGUGCCCUGGCGAGCACAGACUGCUCGUUGCCAGCAAAGUGAGAAAGUGCAAAAUGGGACGAUUAAAUUAAGAGACUGUUUUUGAGCUUGAUCUUUGUACAUUACAACUUACUGACUUGUGUAAUAUCGAUGCAAAUGUGUUUAUUUGAAAUUUCUAACAUUGUGUGAUCAAGCACUGUUUAAUUUUUUAAUCUGUUUGGCUGAAACAUGGAUUUAUAAUGUAAGUUAUUGUUCAAGAUUGAGAAGUGAAACCAAUGGAGCGGAGAGCAGUGGCUCGCUUCAUUUUUGGUUUGGAUUCAUUUUUGUUUGUUGUGCCCAUGGAUCACGCACAUUCACUGAACUCAGCUCUUUGGCUGCUGAAUCAUGGGAUAUGAAGAUGUUAAUGAUGAUGGCAAAAAUGAUUCUAUUGUUCUGAUAUGAGCAGAGCAAACCGAAAAAUACUGGACACUUGAAGAGAAGCAGAGAAACACUACGAGAAAGUUGUAUUCAGUUUCAUGUAUAUCAGUGUAAAUAAAGAGUUUACAGUA